AGUAAGUAAACAAGGGAGGAGACAGAGCUCCGUGAACGCCGAUGCGCGCUCCCGAUAAUAAACCUCUGACGCCUUCAUCCGGGAACUACACCGAACUCGCUCUCCAAACAUGGCGGCGUCAGCUAAGAAGAAGAAUAAGAAGGGGAAGACCCUCACUCUGACUGACUUCCUAGCAGAGGACAGCGGAGGCAGCCCCGCGCCCCCCAGCUACCCUUCCAAGUCCACGAGCUGGGCCGAUGAGACCGACGAUCUGGACGGAGAUGUCUCGACUUCAUGGCACACGGAGGAGGACACGUACAGGGCCCCUCCCAUCGACCGCUCCAUCCUGCCCACAGCCCCCCGCUCGGCGCGUGAGCCCAACAUCGACCGGUCCAAACUGCCCCGCAGCCCGCCUUACACGGCCUUCCUGGGCAACCUGCCCUAUGAUGUCACUGAGGACUCCAUCAAAGACUUCUUCCGCGGAUUGGCAAUCAGCGCAGUGCGUCUCCCUCGUGAGCCCAGCAACCCAGAGAGGCUGAAGGGCUUCGGCUAUGCUGAAUUUGACGACGUGGAGUCUCUCCUGAGGGCCCUCAGUCUCAAUGAGGAGAACCUGGGGAACCGCAGGAUCCGUGUGGAUGUUGCAGACCAGUCUAAUGAUAAAGAGAGAGACAGUGGAAUGAUGGGAGGCAGAGACAGGGGUGGACGGAUGGCAGACAUGGGUCCGGACAAGACAGACAGCGACUGGAGAGCUCGGCCAAGUUCAGACGCCGACGACGGCCCCCCCAAGAGAGACGAUGCCUUUGGGGAGAGAUCACGGGACCGCUACGAGUCAGAUCGCUACAGAGAUGGGCCACGACGGGACAACGACCGUUACGACGGAGGAAGAGACCGCUACCGGGAUCGCUAUGACGACAGAGACCGCAGAGACUACGAUAGAGGAGGUUUUGACUCUCGUGGAGGCGGAGGAGGCCGUCGCGCCUUCGGCAGCGGCUUCCGCCGUGAUUACGACGACAGUCGAGGUAGCGGCGAUCGCUACGGGGACCGGGAUCGUUACGCCGACCGCGAUGACCGGUACGAGAGACGUGAUGAGAGGCGCGAGGAGAGAGCUCCUCAGCAAAGACCCAAACUGAACCUGAAGCCCCGUAGCGUACCCAAGGAGGAGGAAGCUCCCAGCAGUGGCGGCGGCGGCGGCGGCGGCGGCAGUGGUGGCGGCGGCAGCGGCGGCGGCGCCUCCCCGGCUGCCGCUCCGAGCUCCGGCAGCAGGGCCUCCUCCAUCUUUGGUGGCGCGAAGCCAGUGGACACGGCAGCAAAGGAGAGGGAGGUGGAGGAGAGGCUGAAGAAAGAGGAAGAGAGGCUGCAGAGGCAGCUCGAGGAGGACAAAGGCAGAGGACCUGACAGAAAGAUGAGAGACAGGGACCCGAGCUGGCGCAACGAGGAAACUCCUACCGAGCGAUCCCGCACGGGAAGUGAGUCUUCACAGCAUGGAAGCUCUUCUGGAAGAGGUGACUGUGAUUUCGUUCCAGGGUCGCGGUGUCGAGAUGGCGAGCGCUCCGGGGACAACGAGGUCUUCAGCGCGAGAGAAGGCAACACUUCCCCCGGGCCCGCGUCGCGGCCCCCUUCCACCAGCUCCUCCAAAGAGCCGCUGAAGGUGAUGCCCGCGCCUCCUCCCAAGGAGAACGCGUGGGCCAAGAGAAGUGCCGUCAGCACAGGCUCCAGUGAAGGCGACGGGCGACCCCCCGUCUCCCCCGUCUCUCCGGUCUCCCCGGGCGGCUCGACUCCCCCCAAGUUCAGCUCCUCAACAUCUGCAGAUGAAAGAGGAUCUGGAAAGGAUGAGAACAAGGCUGACGGUGUGCGUCGGGACCGGGGGCCCCCACGGGCACGAGGGGGGCCUGCAGGGCCUGCAGCUGGGCGGGGCCGAGGAGAGGGGCCCAACAGAGACCGAAGAAAGGAGGCAGACAGAAAAGAUAACAGAAGAGACCGAGACUCCAGACAACCUCCAGAGCCAAAGAAAUACGAAGAAACCCCAACCCCCAAAUUCAGCUCAGCCAGUAAGUACGCCGCUUUGCUAAUGGACGGAGACCAAGGAGACGACGCGGAGGACGUCGAAUAGAGAGGAAAAAUGACGAGACGAGGCCCCCGAGAGCGCGAGCGGAGGAGAGAACGACGACCGCAGGAAAAAAAAAUUAAUAAUCUCACAUAGCUUAUGAAAAAUCUCCUCACAUGGAAGGUGGCUCCUGGGAGGACAUCACUCCUGCCCUCCUUCCCUCCUACAUACCUGUCCUUUACCUUCAAAUCGCCACCCCCCCUCCACCCCCUUCCUCCCCCGACCACCUUCGCCGUUCAGGACUUCAGGUUCUAAGAAAAAAUUAAAAAAAUAAAAAUAAAAAAAUAGUCACAUACUGGACUUGUUUUAAAGAAGAAUAGCUGACACAUGGAAAAAGUGAUGGAUAACAAUGAAUCAGUUGUAAUAAAUAAAUGGAAAAAGUGGGGAAAAAAAUGUAUUUGUAUAUUUGUGGAUCACAGGUGUUAACGAGGUGUAAUGACGGAAGGUUUAGCUUAGCGGAAACCUUUUUUUAUUAUCCGUUUUUGACUUGCUGUGUGAUUUGUAGACAAAUUUCAUUACGAGCUCUCUAUUCCUUAGCAGAUGCUGUAAUUUGAUAUUA